UUGCGCUCGGAAUCAGUGUCGCGAAUCUCGUUUUCAAAGUGAAGACCCCGCAUGCAAACACAUGUCACGUCGUGAAAUCAAAUGAUCGGCCCGGGAAACGACAAUCCGUGAAUCACGCGCUACGCAAACCGUAUUGUGUGUAUAUCGUGUAUGAACAUCGGCUGGUGCUGCGGUGGCGUGCGUGACCGUGCUUUGUCGUUGCCAUCGUUGUAUCGUUGUUGAUUCUGUGUGAGCUCGGUUGGUCAAAAUGGCGUGAACCGACCGCGCGUUUUUAAGGUUAUCUUCGCUCGUGGCGGGUUUAACCGCGCGACGGAACUACGUACACGCGAUAUCCGUAAUUGUGCGUUUUUCUUCUGACGAGUGCGUGUCUUACAUUAGCAUAUUUGCACAUUACAUCCACGUUUUCUAUGCUGCGAGUUACAUGAAUUAUGAGGACGGAAUGCCCGCAGGCGGUAACAGUCGUAUCCGCGAUUAUUACCCAGCGCGGAUGUCCGAGCGACAACAGCUCGCGCUACUCUUGCAAAUGACUUCUCAGGAAAUGGUAUCAGGUGGAAAUCGUUCGGAAAAUACGAGUGUAACGAAUACCUCUUCAAGAACAUCAUCGUUGCAACAACAACGUGGUGCAAAAGGUCGCUGGUCCAAUAAAAAUGGAGAAUCGCCCAUUCAAACAACAAUCAGUCGCAAAGAGGAUUUUCGAGUACGGCAGAUGCUUGUGAAUGGCUAUGAUAUAAAUGCAUCUAGAGAAAUAAAUGGAUCAGACAUUACAGGCGCUAUUAGUUCACCUAAAGAGAGUGCAACAGCCGCUCCCGACAGUCCAUGCUGUCCUGCUGAAACAAGCACAGCGGCGGCAGCAGCAGCGCCGUCAAACGAGCAACAAGAGCAGCAAACGCAGCCCCAAUCCUACCAACAUCAAACACAGUAUCAACAGCAACACGCAGCCGGAAGUAUUGCAACCGCUGCAUCGCAAGUUGCUGAGGACAGUGGAGCCCCCUGUGAGAUGCGGAGGACACCACCGCAAAAUAAAGUCGACAGAUCGGGAACUGGGCAGUCUGGAAGCUCGCCGAGGGUGACGCUCCGACUUAACCAGGUGCGAGGAGCAAGGGAUGAAAAGAAAGGCGGUGGAAUUUCAAAUUCCCGCCAGGGCAACGUGAGCAUACAGGGUCAAGGCUCAAUGGAGACUUCAUCGAAAGUGCCGAUCAACGUGUCGUCGACAAACUCGAAUACCGCUUCGAAUACCGGCAAUGCGUCGUCAUCUACCGACAGUGGUGAUGUGUACGAGUUCAAAAGCUCGAAGGAGCCAACGCCAGUGAGAGGUGCUAGCUCUUCUCCGAAUCCUAAUCCGGAUAAAGACAAAGAUGGUAGCAGCAAACCCUCGAGUGGCCAAGGAAACCAGAGUAGCGGAAGUAAUACGUCUACCAUUGGCAACUCGUCGGCAUCUGCCAGUGAAGCGACAAUGGCACCGUUGACUUCCUCCGAUGAGACGUCAGCCGUCUCGACGUCCUCGCCAUCGGCUAAACGUGUCUUCGACGGAGAUAAUACGGAGGAGCAAGACGAGGAAAAUCGACGAAAGAAACGCAAGGAUUCCGAGAACAUGAAAGACAUGAAAAAUAACCUGACGAGUAGGCAAAGUACUGGUAGAAACGUUGCCAGUAGUGGAGAAAAGUGCAUUAAAUCUGGUAAGCAAGGAUCUGGAACAGCAUCUGGUAAAGGAAGUCAAAAUUUGAGUUCCAGUACAGACAGAAAGAGUCCUAAUGCCUCUUCGAUGGCCAGUAGCCCAAAACCUUCAAAUAUUUCUAGUUCGAUAAAUACGAAGACGGUUACCACUCCGGCGCCACCCGAAUCGGACAGUGAGGAGGACCGAUCUAAAUGUUCUGAUUCUGCCCCUAAAGUGCCGCCUUUAAAGAUAGUUAUUCCACAAAGUACGGCAUCAGAACAGGAACAAGGCAAUAGAAACGGUAAAAAUGUUGCAAAUAGAAGUCACCAGUUGCCCUACGUGGUCGCCAGUUCAAAUAGUAAUGAUUCGACCGAGAAAGAGCAAAGUCAGUCCACUAGCGGUACAACUAGUCCGACGGAAAGUAAUGUUAGUACAAAAGGAGAAGACAAGAAAGACUUUAGCGGGACUUUGCAUGGAGAAGAAAGAUCGACGCAUCAUCAACGUGUAUUGAGAAGUUCACACAGGGGGACUGGAAAUGGUAAUAAUGGUUCAAUGGCACCAAAAGAAACUGUUCCUUCAUCAAGUAAUGGGGGUUAUUCUACUUCGUCACCUUUACCAGCUAAUACUAGUAUAGAUCGUUCGAAUAAUUCUUCGCCACAACAAAGGCAUCACUCACCUACUCCAGAAAUAGUCGGAUCCGACGUAAAUAAGACUACGUUGUCGGAAUCCACAAGUACAGGAACUGUUUCUAAAUGUAACACAGCCAUGGAGAAAUCAGACAAAAAUACAGACACCACCGGGAAAAAUCAAAAGGAUGGUGGCAUGGAAAAUUUGGAGAAUAUCUCGGCGACCACAUCCUCAACGAUGUCUAACACCGGUACGCCGGCACCAGCUGUCGAGCUUCAUCCUAGAAAGAGAAAAAUGAAACCUAGUAAGGAAGCACAACAAGCCGCAGCUACGGCUGCUGCUAAUGAAGCAGCUGAGGCUACUAAUACGGGACCAGAGAUUCAUCCACACGAUCAACCCAUUACCAAUUGUUAUCAAUUGUUUUUAAAUAUUAGAAAACAGAUCGAAAGAAGACGAAAGGGCUUAUUUCCCGUUCAACCGAAACCUCCUCAAGGUUUUAAGGAUUACUUGAUGAACCGUUGUACAUACGUCUUGGCUAGCAAUGCAAAAGAACCGAAUGUUAAUCCACCUGUUGGUUUGCACACAGCUAUGAAGGAUUUAUAUGUCGAACAAGAAAAAGAACGGUAUCGUCUCAGGAUGCAACAUGUGGUUGAAAAAGAGAAAUUAGUUCUGUCAGUGGAACAAGAGAUUCUUAGAGUCCAUGGCAGAGCGGCCAGAGCACUCGCUAAUCAAUCUCUACCUUUUUCUGUUUGUACAAUUCUCAAAGACGAAGAGGUGUAUAAUGUCAUUACUCCGGAACAAGAAGAAAAAGAUAGAAAUGCAAGAAGUAGAUAUAAUGGUAGAUUGUUUUUAAGUUGGCUUCAAGAUGUGGACGAUAAAUGGGAAAAAAUUAAGGAAGGUAUGCUAUUGAGACAUCAUAAUGAAGCAGAGUCUUUGCACGCUGUUCAACGAAUGCAUUGGGAAUGGAAAUUGAAGGAAGUAGGACUUUGUGAAUCCAAAACGACACCUCAGAUAGAAGACGUUCACGUUCCCAUGGUGCAUGUGUCAGACGAUUUUGAUUUGUUACCAGCUUAGUGUAAAAUACUCGUAUAUUUUUUUUUGUUGGUACACUAUUUUUCUCAUGUCUUCGAAAUAACGAAGAUGCUGGCUUUAAACUGUGAUCUCUAUUAAUAUACGCACUAUUAUUAUGUCAUUGCAAAUUCAUAUCAUAAGCGAAUAUCACAACGACGCAACAAACUGCAAAGAAAUUUUGCAAAUAUACAUUGUAUUGCAACAGUCAAAAAAUUUCCAAAAUAAAAGUAUUGAUUAUUAGAUUUUGGAAUUGUCAUAUCAAAAUUUCAAGCUGUAAAAAGAAAAGAGACUCUGAAGUUAAAUUUGAAAUUAAAAGUUUCAUUGAUUUUAUAUAAGGCUAUUAGCAAUAACCUUAUAUUUGCAAUGUGAACAAGUGUGAAAACUCUCAAUAAUUAAAAACACAUAUAAAUAUUUAUCUUAUAUUUGCAGUUGUUUAAGCAUUGACCGGAGUAACGAGUUAACUCAUUUAUUUACAUCUCGUUUCGCAUUUUAUUUCGCAGAUACAUAUCUACUCUCUAUACAAAGAUACACAUCUGUACAUCACUAUUUUGUCUCAUAGAAGCAAUAUUUUGCUAUAAGCUUUUUUUAUUAUGUUUUACGAAGCUGUAAAAUCCGCUACAAAGCCAGAUUUUGCAAUUUGGUUGUUAAAAUGUUAUAAUAAAUAAGAUUAUCUUUAAAAUUUUUAUUUUGUUUUUUUCCAAAAAAAUUAUUUUGUAGCGGAUUACAGGAGAUUCUCCUGAUUAUGAAUAUUACAGUAAUAGCGCGAUUCUUUCAGUAUUUUAGUCAUAAUUUAGAUGAACAGAAAUUCUGCAAAAGAUGUCUCCAUAAUCUUUCUGGUCAACCCUUUUUGACCCUUUAUAAGCGAGAUUAGAUUGCACUAAAAAAGAACGUUAGAAAAGAAAAUACUUUCUUUAUUUUAUAUAGUUGAGAUAAAUCAAAGUAAAUCAAUUCACUUAUACUAAUAAAAUACAAAAAUAUAUCCAUAUGUGCCUUGAAUUUUCAUUGACAUAGGUUCAAAAGUAUUGACAGAUUCAUAAUGGCUAUAUCCUUGGUAAAGCGACUUUUAUUAUAUGCUUUCAAAAGUAGAAAUAACAGUGAAUAUUAUCUCAGUAUUGUAAAAUAAAAGGUAAUUAGGUUAUUGCGACAAUAUUUCUUAGUGUAAUUCAACUAUUCAACUAAAAUACAGCUAUUUAACUUGCAAUGUUGUAGAAGUUUGUAUAAUUGUGUCAGUUUCUUGAUAUGUUAGAAAUAAUGAUGGAAUGUAUUAGACAAAAUACUAAAAUACGAUUUUGUAGUCUAAUUUAUUUCAGUAUUUAAAAAUGAUUAAGAAAUAUACAUAUUCUUUUUAGUGAAAUUUUGCAUUUUAUAAUGAAUCAACUCUAAUUAACUUCGUUGUAGGAAUGAAUUGGAAAAUAGAAAAAAUAGAGUUUAUUAAAUGAUAUACAAAUUACGUAUAUAUAACCUUUCCAUUCAUUAUGAAAAUUUUGUUCUUAGUGUACACACUAUUACUCAAAAGUUUUAAAGCACCAGUUUUUUUAGGUUUUAGAUAAAACCAUGAUUCUUUACAAAUAUAAUUAUUUUAUUGAAAUCGAUAUUUAUAAACGUACAUUAUUUGAAUAAAAUUCAUGAUAAAACAAUUUUAUAUGUAUUUAGUAUUUAUAAUUUUACAAUGUUAAUAAGUUUACAAAUGGUUUACUUAUCACGUUUCGAUUUUUUUGAAAAGCUAUAUGUAAAAUUUUAAGUACACUUUGUGUACUUGGUUCUUUAUAUUGUUCUACAUAUUUUUCAUAACAUUAAAUUACCAAUUUAUUAUUUUUUAUAAAAACAUUUUAAACAAUGAAUAAUUUUUGUUAUGGUAAAAAAUAUACUCGCAUGGAGGAUUAUGUUCUUUAUGUGAGGAUUAUGUUACAUUUUUAAGCAGAUUUCAUUGUAUUGAAUAUUUGUAUAUUAUACAGAAAGAAAUAAAAAAGAAAAUUUAUCAAGGAAAAA